UCCAGUGAUGGAGACGACCCCCUGGGAGCCCCCAUCUCAGCACUGGAAAUGAUCAAGGAAUAUGGAUCUUCAGAAUCAAGCGAGAGAGAGGAGGCCCAAGCAGCCACUUGCUCACGACCCCAAAUUGCACCUGGACAUGACUAUGACUUUUCUGAAUCCAGUGAGGAUGAGUCACCCCUGGAAGCCUGGAGCUCAGCACUGAGAAAUGAGCGUGGUGAGAAGGGGAUCAGCAGUAGUGACUCUUCAGAGCUGAGUUAUGGAGAAGACCCUCAGGAAACUAGCAGCUCAGCCCUAAGAAGUGGGUCAGAUACCAUGGAUGCUGGAAACAAUUCUGCUUUGGAAGAACUCAGUGGAAAAAGAAGUAAGAACAAAUAA